AUGGGUGCCCUCAAAUACGUCGAAGAGCUUCAGAAGAAGAAGCAGUCUGAUGUUCUGCGAUUCCUUCUCCGUGUCCGAUGCUGGGAGCUUCGCCAAUUGAACGUUGUUCACCGUGCAUCUCGUCCAUCCCGCCCGGACAAGGCUCGCCGUCUGGGUUACAAGGCCAAGCAAGGAUAUGUUAUCUACCGUGUCCGUGUUCGCCGUGGAGGUCGCAAGCGCCCUGCGCCAAAGGGUGCCACCUAUGGAAAGCCAACCAACCAGGGUAUCAACCAGCUCAAGUACCAACGAUCCCUGAAGUCAACUGCCGAGGAGCGUGUUGGCCGCCGAUGCGCUAACUUGCGUGUCUUGAACUCGUACUGGAUCAACCAGGACUCGACUUACAAGUACUACGAAGUCAUUCUCGUCGACCCCCAACACAAGGCCAUCCGUCGGGAUGCUCGCAUCAACUGGAUCGUUGCCCCAGUCCACAAGCACCGCGAGUCCCGAGGUCUCACUGCUACUGGGAAGAAGUCGCGUGGUUUGGGCAAGGGUCACGGAUACAACAAGACAACUGCUGGUCGCAGAAAGACCUGGAAGCGCCACAACACCCUCAACCUCCAGCGAUACAGAUAG